UGGCCAGCUGCAUCGCGGGUUCAGCAGGAGGACAAACGCUUUCCUCGCACGCUCAGCUCCAGCGCUUUCAAGGCUGGAAAUCCCCUCAGAGGCAAUUGUUACAGGAAGAGGCUUAUUUAUUGGUUUUGCUGGCUGCUUCCUGCCACAGCAUCUGCGCAGAAGAGGAGCACCUUGGAGCAGCGCAGCCUCAGCCGCUGGCAUCGCCAACACCCAGGAGCCUCUCUGGGCCACCGCCAGCAGCCAGCCCAGCGUGUGUCCGCAUUUCUGCCGAGGGUGCAUCUUGCUGUCACCUGUACUCACCGGAAGAGGCCAAGAUGUCGACUGGCUUUCUCACGCUGAACGAGCAAAAGGUCCCUGCGGAGAUCUCAGACAAGAAUGUCAUCAACAUCACCAUCAACCAGGAGUCUUCUCUCUCUUACCUGUUCAAGUCUGUGGGGCAGUGCUGGGCAAGGCAGCAGGAGCCCACACAGAAGACCCAGCAGUCACCAGCCUCUGCCCCCACAACAGCCCGCCAUUUCUCGCUCCAUUGCAAUGGGGAGCAGAAAGUUUUGGGGGGGGCCCAGAUCCUGCUGGGAAUUGUGGUCAUCAGCCUUGGGCUGGUGAAUGACUAUGGACAUUUAUUCUACAUACGGUCAGGAGCGCCUUACUGGAUGGGAGGUCUGGUUAUGCUCUCUGGCGCCUUGUCCAUCAUGGGCGAAAGACGUGCUGGCUUCUGGGUCCAUGUGGCCACCAUCUUCCAUUUGGCCAGUGUUGUGGCCGGAAUUGUGGCUCUGACGAAAGGCAUUGCUUGGAUCCCAAACCUUGACCAGACCUUCUCCUGGAGAAAGGGUGUGUGCCAGACCAGAUGGGGACCUUCUCCAAUCCUGCCCAGCCCAGGCUAUGACUGGAGACAGAGAGACUGCGAGCGAAUCUUAUGGGAUCUCAUGGGCGUCGCCUUUGCUGUGAAGGUCUUGCUGCUUAUUUUCUCCGUUGCUGCCCUGGCGAUUGCUCUCUUCUGCCUUGCAUACAGCCUCCGCAUCCUCUGCUGCGCCCGGAAGGCAAGCAGUGCAGACUCUGGUGCGGUCGGGGACCUGGAUGUGGCCCCUCUUGAUCAGGAUGAGGCCAUUAUUGAGAACAUAGCCUGAGUGGGGUGGUGCUGGCCCUUCAGGGCGAAGGAGCUGUGCUGCAGCCUUCAAGGGGAAUGUCACACUAUGCUUGCCUUCUGCUUCACCCGACUUAGCCCAGCAGAUUGUGACCCAGUGCUCGCCAAGACCUUUCUCCUGGGGAGUGGGGGGGGGGCAGUUAAAAGCUCCUCCAGCAUCUCAACCUAUUAAAGCAGCUAUGUUGUAA